AAUAGAAUCUUAUAACUUUUUAUGUUGUAUUUUAAGAAGCCUAUUUAAAAUUAAUUACAUAAAUGUAGAUAAUGUUUUUGUAUACAAAUAAAUUGUAUAAAAUUAACUUGAAAUGAUAAAACGAAAGAUUUAUAAUUUUUGUUUUAAAGUGGAUAGACUUUUACACAAAAUGAACGCUUCCAAUUUAAAGCCUUUUACUGUACUUGUGGAGGGUAAUAUUGGAAGCGGGAAAACAACAUUUUUGGAGCAUUUUCAACAAUUUGAAGAUAUAACGCUACUAACUGAACCUGUUGAAGAAUGGCGCAAUCUGAAAGGGUGGAAUCUUUUAGACUUGAUGUAUAAAGACCCUGCAAAGUGGGCAAUGACCUUUCAGUCGUAUGUUACAAUGACUAUGCUGGACAUGCAUCGCCGACCUACUUCUACCCCAGUAAAGCUUAUGGAGAGAUCGUUGUAUAGCGCUAGAUAUUGCUUUGUUGAACAUAUGAUGAGGAACGGUACUCUUCAUCCCGCGCAGUUUGCUGUACUUGACGAGUGGUUCAGGUUUAUUCAUCGUGAGAUACCUAUUGAUGUAGAUCUAAUCGUAUACCUUAAGACGACACCACAAGUAGUUCAUGAUAGAAUAAAGAAACGGGCCCGAUCUGAGGAACAGUGUGUGCCAUUAUCCUAUAUAGAGGAAUUACAUAAAUUACAUGAAGACUGGCUUGUUAAUAGAACAUUUGCUGAGUGUCCGGCACCUGUUUUAAUGAUUGAUGCAGAUUUGGAUUUGUCCCAAAUUACUGAAGAGUAUAAAAAAAGUGAACACCAAAUAUUGAAACGAGCGGUAGAUGUCGUCAUGCAGUCACCUAACAAGCUGAGCCCAAAGAAACCAAUAACAAGUUCUGCAAUUAAGAUAGUACCUCAAAUAAGGCUUUAACAUAAUUAUGUCUAUUUUAUACUUUAUCUAAAUUAUUUAUAAAAAUCAUUUUAUUUCCAAGUUUCUCAUGAGGCAAUGGUUAAUUUUUAACACAGUCUGUGUAUAAUAAUAUGAAUAAAGGACAAAAUUAUUAAUUGGCCAUCACUAAAAUUUUAACAAGAGAUAGUAAAGAUUAUAACGACUGCUAUUUAACUUAUAAGGUUUUAAAUGACCUCUACACAUAUAUUUAUUUAUGAUAUUAAAUUAUCAGAAUAAUAUUUUUGCAUUGACAAAUUUGGUAGUGUGAAUAUAGAAAUUGAUUCAAUUUUUUUUGUAUUAUACCCAGUGUGAUUUGAAAAAUAAUGAUCAGUUUAAAUCAUUUACUUACAUUUUUGAAAUAACUAGAAUUGCAAUUGAUAAAAUUUAUUAAAAAUGAAGCAUGUUCUAAAUUAAUGUACAAUAUUUAUUUGUCAAUUUAUAUGUUUGGUAACUGAAUAAAAUUAGUCUGGUAUGUAGCUACCCCCAUAUGUAUAUGUAUUUUAGAAUUCUGCUUUUCGACUCAUGAUCAUUACAAAACAAUAUUUCAUGCGCAAGUUGUGCAGUUAUUGAACAUUUGAAUUUAAUGAAUUUCUUUUUCAUUUGUUGUUGACAAAACAAUUUCAAGGUUUUACAAAUGACAUUUUGUGGAUUAAGGAUUUAAUUUACUUAUUUCAUUAAACAUUAUAUAUUUGUUAUACUUAUAAGUUAUGGUAAACAUUUUCUAACAAUGUUUAUAACGAUUUUAUAGAUUAAAAUCUCUUUUAACUUCUGUUUAAAAUAAUAAAAAGUGAUUGUUGCCUAUCUUGACACUUGAAUUGUAUAGUUAAAAUUAGUGUAAGCCCUAAAAAUCAUCACAAAAUUUCAGUUUGAAAAGAUCAAAUACAUUGAUAAAUUAAUUACUUGAAAUGGAAGUAUUUUUCAAAUAGCACUAGUGAUGAUUAGUAUUAUAUAUUACUUAAAAAAACAUGUGUUUAGAGUAGUAUGAUGAUGAUAAUAAGAAAAGUUAGAAUAUUAAAAAUAAUAUUUUGAAAUUUAAUACGAAAAUUCAAAUAUAUUCCUAAUUAAAAAGCAUUUAAUAAUUAAGUGUUAUUUCAAAUAUUCACAGUGCUGUUGCUUUGCACCAAAUUUUGUUCUUAUUUUUUGUAAUUUUUGUUUUUUUUUUUUUUGUAUAUGAAUAAUAUGUCGUAAUGAUUAGUCUACUAACAUAAUGUAAUUUUUUUCUGCAAAAUAUAUUGUGAAUACAUUAAAGUUAAGAAAUUAAAUGUUGUUCG